CCAUCAUGCAAUAUUCAUCAUGUCAGCCUCCAUAGUUGUUUUUGUUUAGAAAUGAAUUAGGCUCCUCUGACAAGGAAAGGAGCAAUAAUUUCCAUAAGGACGUAAUAAUCUGUAUUUGAGGAAUUGUUGCAUUUUAGAACAAAUGAUAUGGAAGAUGAUGAUGAUUUUGGAGAUUUUGGUGGUUUUGAGGGUGCUGAUGAAAAUGCUGUGCCAGCUGCUGGUGUAGAAGCAGGAGCAUCACCAUGGGCUGUCUUUCCUCCUGCUGUGCCACAAUCUCAACCAGAUUUGCUUUGUGCACAGAAUACCUUUCCAACAUAUCUCGAUCCAUCUGGUAUAAUUAGUGGUGUCAACAGCAACAAUGUACCCAAUAUUGAUCAGGAUUCUGUUAGUAGAGAUCAGAUAGACAAUCAUAAUGAUGUGAGGCAACAAGCUGAGAAUGUUUUAGAUGGGACACUAGCAGCUGGUGUUCGUGGUUUAGAUCUAGCAGCAGGUACAGAGAGAACAAGUAACCCAGCUGAUAUAUGUUUAAAUACAGAUGAAGCAAGAGAACCUUCUAUUGUAUUACCUGAUUUAGGUGUAGGAGGAGGAUCAUCUCUACUGGCUACAAGUAUUGAUAGGACAGACAAUAAUCUAGAGACAAAUACAAAUAGUUUAGAAGCUGUUGUAAAUGAUAAUGUGAACAAUAUUGAUAGUGUGAAUAAUGAGAGAGAAUCUGCGAGUAACAACGGUGAUAUAUCUAUUUCACUACCACCAAAUGGUAUUACUGGUCAAAAUCUAGAAUCAGAGGAACUUCAGACUCUUAGAAGUUUAAGUAGACGAUUAGAGGAAGAGUUAUCAAGAAGUAGAACAGAGUUAGAACAACAAAGACAAAGAUUUAUUGAUAUUGAGAGGCGGCAUUCAAGUGAAUUGGAAAAUAUACGCAGUGCGGGUCAUGAUACUCUAGCUGUAGUAGUUGAACAGUAUAAGGAAACAACCAAAACAGCCAUUCUAGAACAGCAAGAAACCUCGUCACGAUAUUUACAGGAAAAAUUAAAAGAAUUUACAGAAUAUUUUCAUCAAAUGAUGAAGACUAGAAAUGAAGGAUUUACACAACAACUAGAAUCUCAGAAAGCAUCAGAAGAAACAAGGAUAAAAGAAGCUAUAGCUGAAUAUAGACAGGAUCAACAGAAAAAAUUUGAGGAGGCAUUAGCUGAAGAAAGAGAAAACCAUAGGGAGGAAAUCAGGAAAACAUUAGAGAUUGAAAGACAAGCUAGUAAAGAGAAAUUAGAUUUGGCGUUACAAGAAACUCAAAAUGUUGCUGCAGCCAAGCUAGAAGAUGAGCACAUACAGUUUAAAAAACAAUUAGAAGAACAACAAGCAGAGUGUAGCAAACAAAUACAAACUGCUUUAGAAGAAGAGCAAGAGAAAAUGGAGAAAGAGUUCAAAGAAAGAAUGAGUAGGGAACAAGAAAGUAGUCGAGUUGCCAUGGCAAAUGUUAUGCAGGAAGCUCGUCAAAAUUCGAUUGAAUUUAUCAGGGAACAAAGACAGGUUCAUUCAGGAGUUCGCCAAAGGCACCUUGCCAGCUUAGAUUUAUUUUUGGAAAGUGCUCGCAAUCAAAUCCAACUUUUACAAGAAUCUGAUUCUCCACAUUCCAGUGCUCAUGAAACAAAUGAACUGAACAAUAGUAGUGAUGAACAGUCGUGAUGUAUAGAAAUGUUUUUAAAUCUUUGCAAUGUGUCUUAGUUAUUAAUUGGGUAUGUCAUGGUAAUUAUAACUAUAGAGAGCCACAGAGGCUUAUUUUCAGAAUGAUUUAAAUAAUAUAUAUGGUGAUGGACGUAUGAGAUUCAAUCAGCUUUUAACUCAGUGGUGUGAUAAAGAACUUUUGGGGAUUCUUUAACAUUUCAUAUCUGUGUAGAAUUUAGUGUAUUUUGUUUUAAGGUUUAUAACCGAACAUAAUUGAUUGUACAGACGUUUUUUUUUUUAGCUUUAUUAUUUAAGGAGUAGAGUAAUAUUAACACAUCCAAUAUUAACAUUUUUGAUGCAUUGCUUUUAAACUGUUCUAGUUCCUGAACUAUCUGCAGUACGCCAGCAAUUUGUGACUGAAUACAGCUUCAUUAGACAAUAACUUUGCCUAUCUAUAUAAAGAAAACAAUAUGCAUUUGAAGAUAUUAUUCUCCAGUAUUUUUCUACUCAUUUUGUCCAUGGUACACCUUUUAGUCAACUCUUGUAAAAGUUUGUUAUUCUGCAGCUAUGUUUUGAAAACAAAUAAAUAUACGGCUUCAAUAGAUAAUGAAGUUUUAAAAUAUUUUUAUUUAAAAAAACUUGUUAAACUACAUUAAUAAAAAACAGUAUUUGCUC